AUUUGUGUGCCUUAGCAAUCAGUCAGAAUGUUAUCACGUAUUCAGUAAUGUUAAACUUUCUCAGUGUUCAGAUGCCGCCACGUAGGGAACCCGAUCAUCAGGCUCCUACUCAGGCUACUGUAGUAACACAGUUCCGCGACUACCACGCUGAAAAGUUCUCAGGGCAGGGAGAUCCCCGCAUCGUUGAUGAAUGGAUUCAGGGUUUGGAGUUUAUCUUUGAGCUAGUCCGCGAAAAGUACUACCCUUCCUACUAUCGGGCAGAGAUGGAGCAUCAGUUCUUAGUGCUCCAGCAGGGCACUCGUAUGGUUGAUGAGUACGAGCGAGAGUUCACUAGACUUUCAGCUUUCGUACCGGACCUGGUUCGCACGGAGGCUCAGAGAGCGCAGUGGUUCAUUGACGGGCUUUACCCAGCAGUCCGUCAUAACAUCGUGGGACACGGGACUCAGACCUACGCUGGUGCAGUUUCUAUUGCCCAGGAGGUGGACGCUAGCAUCAGGAGGGAGACUGUUCGUGAUCGUGCCCAGCCAUCCGCCCCAGUUCAGCCAUUCGCAGCUCCACCAGCUCUACCAGCUCCUCAGCCGGCAAAGGAGAAGAAGAGGAAGGGAAAGGGUGCACAGACUGAUCAGAGGACCCGACAGAGACAACAACAGGUUCCACCGUGCCCGACUUGCGGACAACUUCAUCGGAGAGAGUGCCAUGUGGGACAGGACAUUUGCUAUUACUGCCACGAGCCGGGACAUUUUGCGAGUCGCUGUCCGAAGAGACUUCAGCAGCAGCCCCAGCAGCCUCAGCAGGCACCACAGCAGCAGCAGCCAC